CCACAUCCGAAGAAGUUACUAAAUUUGGGAAUACAACAGAUUGGAACGAUUGUUCAGAUGAUUGCUCUCUGGAAGUCAAUGAUAGUGGUGAUUCUUUGACCCAAGCCGAGCAAACAUCAGGAGCUAGCCGUAUGGCCACACAUAUAUAUGCUUUAGGUGGUUGGGGAAUUGUCGCAAUAUCAUCAGUUGCUAAAAUAGCUAAGUUGCUCGUCCCCCGCAAAGUGUAUCCAGCUAAUGAUCGCUUACCUAAGAAAAAAAUGUGCCAAGCGGGAAAGUUAGACUAUACAGAUAAUCAAGGGCUGUUAUAUAAUAUUAGUAUCUCCUUUGAAGUCAAAAACGGGAUUCCAUGUCAUGUCACCGCUAAUGGAGAUGUAGUUAAACUGGCUAUUGAAGGCAGCUUUGAUCGGUUGCAUCAGAUGGGCUUUGCAGUUGGUUCAGUAAGAUUUGAACACGAUAGUGAGGAUUGGUCUUCUUGGGUAGAUAUAGUCACAAAAGCCAAUCAGCCUAUCCCAGAUCCUGUUGAGGAGGAAGAUGACCGGGGGACAUGGUGCUGGUUCUUACAUCCAGUUGUAGAACAAUAAUAAUCUGGAUGGACACCAUUUGUUCUGUUGAAGUAUUUUGAAACUUACAUAAAGAAUAUUAUAGGGAUAUGUGUAGGAAAACAUGUAUAAA